CUCCUAAAAACGGAAAAGGGUCCUCUUUUGGUCCUAUAUGUGUAAUUUACUCAUUACUUUUCGCGCCUAUCAUCCAAAUCCGGCGAACUAUGUCACCUGACAAAGAACUUAGCAACUGCAUCUCUCUCCUGCAAAAAAUUUUCUUGAGUGGCAGUGUCGUCGUCGUAUGGGAUAGCCAUACACAACCAGUCCGAUUUCUUCCGUCUUAUGAAGAACUCCUUGGCAGGGGAGUUCAUGGCUCACUGGGACGAAAGACCUCUUUGCAACUAUCCAGGGAUUGGGUGCGAUGAACUUGGCGAUGUUGUAGAGAUUGACAUAUCGGGUCGGUCAUUAUCCGGCCGCUUCCCGGAUGAUGUCUGCACGUAUUUGCCGAAACUGCGAAUACUUCGCCUCGGCCCGAACCAUUUCCAUGGAACUCGACUUCCUGCUGGCAUCACCAACUGCUCUCUCCUGGAAGAGCUCAACAUGACGAGGACGCAUGUGAUGGGAGCCAUGCCCCCAGACUGGACACACAUGCGAGCUCUGAAGUCACUUGAUCUCUCCUACAACCUCUUCACCGGUGAGUUUCCGGUGUCUUCGAUCACCAACCUCAGCAAUCUUCAGGUUCUCAACAUCAACCAGAACAAAGGUUUCAGCCCCUGGGAACUCCCCGCAAACAUCUCGCGGCUGACGAAGCUCACAGACAUGGUCCUGGCUACUUGCAGCUUGCACGGAAGGAUUCCCGGGUCGAUCGGGAACAUGACACAGCUGCUAGACCUUGAGCUGUGCGAUAAUGCUUUGGUGGGGAAGAUUCCGGCCGAACUAGGGAUGUUAAGCAACCUGGAAAUGCUUGAGCUUUAUCGCAACCAAUUUGAGGGUGAAAUUCCAGAGGAGCUUGGAAACUUGACAAACCUCGUAGACUUGGAUUUGUCUGGGAACAAGUUGACGGGUAGAAUCCCGGACUCCAUUUCUAUGCUUCCCAAGCUACAAGUCUUGCAACUCUACAACAAUUUUCUCUCCGGGGAGUUCCCCUCUCGCCUUGCUAAUUCCACAACUCUAAGAAUCUUGUCUCUCUACAGCAACUACUUGUCCGGGGAAAUCCCGGGACACUUCGGGGCGUCAUCCCCCCUGACUGUCUUGGACUUGUCGGAGAAUCGAUUCUCGGGAAAGCUACCGCCGCGGCUUUGUGAAAGAGGUAAGCUGGUGUACAUCCUUUUACUCCAGAAUUCCUUCUCGGGAGAACUGCCAGCGAAUUAUGGAUGGUGUUGGACGCUUCUCCGGUUCAGAGUUAACAACAAUCAUUUGGAGGGUGAGGUGCCAGAAGCAAUAUUUGGCCUUCCACACGCUUUCAUCAUUGACCUGAGUUAUAACCAGUUGAGCGGUUCGAUUCCGGCCACCAUUGGGAACGCUAAGAACUUGUCAGAACUUCUCAUUCCGGGCAAUCAAAUUUCAGGCAUGUUUCCGCGCGAAAUCUCCUGGGCUAACAAUCUGGUGAAGGUUGAUGUCAGCAAGAAUCUCCUUUCAGGCCCAAUACCUCACGAAAUCGCGUACCUUAGAAGGCUCAAUGUGUUGAUCAUGCAUGGGAACAGGUUCAAUUCUUCGAUUCCUGAGUCGUUGUCUUCGAUGAAAUCGUUGAAUUAUCUCGACUUGUCCGAUAAUUUUUUGUCUGGAAGGAUCCCAGAGAGUCUUGGUGAGCUACUAGAACUACUACCCACUCAAAUGAACUUCUCAAACAAUAUGCUCUCUGGUCCUAUACCUGUGUCCUUUAUCAAAAGAGGUGUUUUACAAGGCUUUUCUGGCAACCCGGAACUUUGCCUCUUGCUCUCUUCUUAUUCCAGCACAAAGUUCCCCCUCUGCUCGCAAUCUCACAAUCUCAAGAAUACAAAAAUUAUUUCGGUUGUCGCGGUCACAUUAUGCUUUGUCAUUGUAGGAAUCGUUUUAUUUCUGAGGCAGUGGCUUCGAAAAGAAAGAGAUUUGGCGCGUCGAGAAGAACGGAAGCUUCAAUACUCAUUUUUGUCCUAUGAUGUCAAGAGCUUCCACAAGCUCAACUUUGAUGAGAGGGAAGUUUUCAAGGGAGUGGUUGAGCAGAACAAAGUGGGAGAGGGAGGUUCUGGGAAGGUGUAUAAAGUCAGAGUGAGCAACGGAGAAACCUUAGCCGUGAAGAAGCUCCGGAGCCAGAAAGGAAACCGCGGAGUGAUUCUUGACAAGGAAUUGAAAGCUGAGGUGGAGACACUGGGCAGCAUACGCCACAAGAACAUUGUGAAGCUGUAUUGCUACUUCUCUGGCUUGGAUUGUAGCAUGUUGGUUUACGAAUACAUGCCAAAUGGGAAUCUCGGAGAGGCCCUCCAUGGAGGAAAUGUGGUUUUAGAUUGGCCGAUUCGUCACCAGAUUGCACUGGGAAUUGCCCGCGGUUUGGCUUAUCUGCAUCACGAUCUUCAACUCCCAAUUAUACAUAGGGACAUCAAAUGCACCAACAUCCUGCUAGAUGUCGAUUAUCACCCCAAAGUGGCAGAUUUUGGAAUCGCUAAAGUCUUGCAAGCAAGAGGGAAAGAUUCAACCUCCACAGUCAUUGCAGGGACAUACGGUUACCUAGCACCAGAAUACGCGUACUCUGCCAAGACAACCACAAAGUGCGACGUUUACAGUUUCGGGGUGGUGCUAAUGGAGCUGAUAACUGGGAAAAAGCCAGUGGAACCGGAGUUUGGGGAGAACAAGAACAUUGUAUACUGGGUUUCAAGAAAGGUGGAAACCAUGGAAGGAGCGUACGACUUGUUGGACAAACGAGUGUGCGAGUCGUACAAGGAAUAUAUGAUCAAGGCACUCCGGAUCGCCGUGCAUUGCACCUAUAGGACACCUGCCCUACGCCCCACCAUGAAUGAAGUCGUCAAGCAUUUGAUGGAAAUGUCAAAUAUAUCCCCGCGCAGGAAAGAGCCAUGCAAACAACCUCCUGAGUUUCAACUCUCAAUCGAAUGAGUCUAUAAGUGUGCCACCUUCCUUGCCAAUCUUCUCUUGUGUUGGGGAGGGGCAUUCUGGAUAGUAUAUAAGAAGAGGGAAUACAUUAUAAGUACAACUAACUAUAAUAAUUUCUGUAGCAUUUAGGGGCAGAAAUGAAUGAUUGUGGGUAUUCUGUAAAGAUCUAUUUUCAAUUCUGUCAUGAGUUCUACGUGCUGGAGUAAGGUAACUCAUUCCAUCCAUCACUAUCUCAAUGUCAUUUAAGUAAACAUGUCAUUGACCC